GUGAGUGAAAUUCGGAAAUCGGCGUAGGGAAAUCUCAUUAAACGAUUUUCACAUGUUCAUGUUGGAUUCUGAAGUGAAUUUCCAGAUGAAAGCCGUCAUGUUCGAGUUAGUUUGUGAGUAAAAUCAAGUGUCGUUUGAACUCUAGUGCCAUAGACGUGGAACAACCUUGUGAACAGUUACCGCAGCUGAAGGAUAUUCAAAAUGCAUUGCGGAAAGGAAUCGACUCUCGUCAUAUUAAUGAUGGUGCUAGCAGGCAGCGAAUCGCGCGGCGGUGACACGCUGACAUAUUGGGAAGCCACAUUCGCCCAGCCCUAUUUCGACAACGCGACGCGGCGGGAUGUGACAGCGACAGCAGGACAAGCUGCAUUGCUCCACUGCAGAGUUCGAAACCUCGGCGACAGGGCGGUGUCUUGGAUUCGGAAGAGGGAUUUGCACAUUCUUACCGUUGGCAUCUUGACUUACACGAAUGACCAGCGUUUCCAAUCACUGCACACGGAGGGUUCAGACGACUGGACGCUUCGUAUCACUUCACCCCAGCCGAAAGACAGCGGCACCUACGAGUGCCAGGUUUCCACGGAACCCAAAAUUAGCCUUGCCUACAGGUUGACCGUGGUCGUAUCAAAAGCAAGAAUACUAGGCAAUUCGGAGCUGUUCAUUAAAUCCGGAAGUGACAUCAAUUUAACAUGUGUCGCCUUACAAGCACCCAUACCUCCUUCAUUUAUUUACUGGUAUCGAGGAGGAAGAGUUGUCAAUUACUCACAAAGAGGAGGUAUAAGUGUUCUGACUGAGCGGCACACAAGGACCUCCAAGUUGCUUAUUGCCCGAGCUAUACCAAGCGAUUCUGGAAACUACACUUGCGCGCCUAAAGGAGCUGAUUCAGCAAGCGUCAUGGUGCACGUGCUGAACGGUGAACACCCGGCGGCCAUGCAGCACGGCAACAACAGCUGCGGCGCCUGCAGCAAGUGCAAAGUCAACAUCGUUUUACUGUUCGCUCGGAAUGGAGGCUGUUUUAUUUUCUUACUUCUGACGCAUCGUAGCGUCUUAAACAGAUAAAACAUCUUUGUUUAUUAUUAACAUAAAUAGGAUAGUUUUCUAUGCGUGUCCACGAACAUUUAAGUGCGAUCCUACAAUUACGACAUUUGUAAUAAAGUAACAUAUUUGUAAAUUCAGAUACGUGUAAAUA